AUGCUGCACAUCUCAUUGCCUCGCAAGUAUCCCAAAGCCAACCGCGAUGUCCAUACUCUCGACCCCAAAGCCUACACCAUCCGUCGGCAGAAGCAGAUAACUCUGACCGGCAGCAAUCCAACAAUCCAUGUCCAUCUUGCAGCGGACCACCAACCCGUACAGCUUACCUACGAGCUCUCAGCUCAAGGACGAAUACCGUGGCCAAAUAAUUCUCGCGGAUUUUUGUACUACUUCUCUCCGCCAGACAGACCUCGGAUCGCAGGCGAGCUCCGGUUUCGCCUCACCGAGUCCGACGACCCGUCAACCUUCGGCUCCGGGAAGGACAUCCGUGUGUCGUCGACGAACGAGCCAUGGCGCCGCCCGCUCUAUUCGCUCGCGCAGAAUCCGCACGCCCAAACGCGGCCCUUGUACGACCAACUCGUCGAGCAGGAGCUCGUACCGUCAGCCCUAGCUGCGGCGCUGGACAAGCUGCCUAAGCUGUCGCUCAUGUACACGAGAUGCCGGAUUCUGCACACGCUGGACGACCCCUUCCCUCUCGACCUGGCGGCGAACUGGCAGAGCAUGGUAGCGAUUUCGGAGGAGGGGGUUGGGCAGAUUAGUCUUCUCAAGCAGUUUCGAGACCAUCGAACGAUGAGCGCACCCCUGAUCGUAAGAUAUCUUGUAGGUGUGAUGCUCGCCCGCUUUGAACGGUCCCAAUCUCAGCCACGCAGCGUCGUCUUACGCUUCUUGGAAGAGAUCAACCCCGUUGUAUGCGUGGUUCCAAAGUACGACGAAUACAUCGACAAGCCUCACGCAGGCGGCCUAUAUACGAAACACUACCACGGUACUCGAAGGCCUUGGUACCUGGACAUCGAUGAUCCACGCAAAGGGAAACUCAUGGCGGAGGGUUUACGCUUGCUAUGGGACUCGACUGAAGCCACUGCAACUGGUGUAGAAUGUUAG